UGCGAGAGCCGUGGAAAGCGGAUUUCCUUUUCCGCUGGCAACUGGGCGGAAGUAGAAAGCGAUCCUGAGGCGGCAUGGCGGCGUGUUGGUCCUGGUGUCUCCUCCUGUGUUGGCUGGCUGCCUGGGGCAGCGCGGCGCCGUUAGGCGCGGGAAAGAGCCCGGGGACGAAUGCUCAAGAGUUGUCCAGUGAUCACCUACCCUUAACGAACUUGAAUCAAGGUGCUUCAGAGCCAGAACCACUUCAAGUUGUACAAAGUAAUAUAAAAAAUAGCCAGCAAGAGCCACCCCAGCAAGGUUCUGAUAAAACGAUGGAAACAGCGAAAUCAUCCAUUGGUCACAAAGAUUCCCAGCCAGGUGCUAUUGGAUCCAACAGACCUCAGGAAGACAUAGGUAAAUCUCAAGGAGAUCAGACAGGCACUUCUCAUACAUCUUCUCUUCUAAAGUCAAAUAUUAAGGCAUCAGAACAGAGAGAAGACCCAUCAAUUAAGAACCAUAACGCUGGUCUUUCUGCUCAAGACGCUUCUCCAAAAUCAGGUCUUGUUCAGCCUAAAAAAAUUGAGAAAGGGAUAGUUAAUUCAGAAGACAUUAAUGCACUUGAACCAAAACAAUCACAGGACCCAUCAGCAAAAGACCAGAAUCCCCAGUCUGCUCAACAGCCUGGUCCUGCAAAGGUAGAGGCUGCUAAAGGUAUGGCAGACAUAGAUAAACCUAAAGAAGCUCAGACAGAAACAUCUGAUGCAUCUCUUCCAGAGUUAACUAAGGCGUCAAAGCAGGGAGAGGACCCAUCAAUUAAAGGCCCGAACACUCAGCCUGGUGAUUCUGCUCAAGAGCCUUCAAAAUUAAAUCCUGUUCAAACCGGAAACACUCAGAAAGAGAAAGAUCACACACAAGAAUCUAAGACAGGUGUUUCUCAGCCAGGUGUAAAUGUUAAGGAAUCAGAACAAUCUCCAGGCUUACAAAAAAAAGACCAGAAUCCCCAGUCAGUUUCAUCUCUUCAAGAACCUGCUUCUGGGAAGAUAAAUUCUCCUGAAGCCACCAACGUUCAGAAAGACGUAGCUGAUGAAGCUUCUAUUCCAGAGUCAAAACCGAAGGAACCAAAUCAGGGAGGGGACCUAUUAAUUAAAGACCUGAAUGCUCAAGGCUCUUCGAAAUCAAAACCUGCUGAUGCCAAAGAUGCAGAAUCUAAGACAGAGAUUUCUGAUCAAGAUGUUUCUGAACAAGAGACAAAUGAUGAGGAGUCAAAACAAGCGGAAGACCAGGAUUUUCCAUUGGAUCAACAUCCUCAAAAGUUAAAUCCUGUGGAAUCCAAAAAAAACGAGGAAGAGGUAGUUGACCCUGGAGAUGAACAAGAAAAAGGGUUGGGUGAUGAACAGAAAAAGAGUGCAAAGCAUGAGGAAGAGUCAGAGGGGACACCCAGGAAUGGAUCUGAAAAUAGCCACUUCUUUGCCUACUUGGUGACCACAGCUAUUAUUGUUGCUGCCCUAUACAUUGCCUAUCAUAAUAAACGGAAAAUUAUUGCUUUUGCUCUAGAAGGGAAAAAAUCGAAGAUAACCCGAAGGCCCAAAUCUAGCGACUAUCAGCGACUGGAUCAAAAGAUCUAAACCCAAACCUUUCUACACGCUCUUGUGUUGCAUGAGGACUCGUUUUGAAAACGGCACAUAGAAAAAAGGACCAUGUCCAGCCUUUUGUCAGUACAGCCUCAGAGCCUGUUGGCUGUGUUAUUGUGCCCAACCGGGGUGGGGUGGGGUGUUGGGGGGUGGGUGCAAAAUUGCUUUUAAUUGUGCACAUGCACUUUCUCCAUUGCCAUGCCUCGUUCCCUCUUUCAAAGCCCUGGACUGUUAAUUCCCUUUUCAGUGACUUUCCUGCAUUUUUCCUGUUUUUCUCCUGCGCUGUGAAGAAGAACCAAUCACUAGAGAGUGGCUCUGUGAUUUUCCUCUAAAUGAUGCGGUACUUACUAUCUGUGAAAUUGAUCGUAAGGAAUGUUAAACGGGGAGGCUGACUUUGUCCCCUCGAUUCUGGAUGUUAGAAUCAUAGUCAAUUUCGUGAGCUUGGAGCAGAGUUUAUGAAGAUUGAUUCUUGUCCCUAAAGUGUCCUCUUCCACUGAGGCAUGCAUUGCCUGAUGCACUGGUUGAACAUUUCCUGUCUUAGACGGCAAUAUUGAGAAGUGAAUAUCCUGUACUUCCUAUCUUAAGUGUCAAUGAUCUGUGAAAUGCCAGAGUUUUAAUGCUUGACUUAAUACGGCCCAAGUCUUGGUUGAUCUCUUAGUCAGUUGUUCCUUUUCUGAUGCUAGACUGCAGGUAAAUGUUUGAAGAAAUGUUGACUUCAGUAUUUGUGACCCCACCAUGCUCUGAAUGCUUAAUUCAAGCAUUCUCCAUGAAUUAAGAUCUUUCCGAUCCUUACCGCCACAUUCCCAUGAUCAAUCUCAGAAGGACAACAAUCAGUCUGGGGCCGUUGUAAUCCAUUGCAAAUUGCACAAACUACCCAAUGGCAAAUAGGAUCUAUUCAGAAUCAAAGUCUACCGUUCUGGCAGACACUCAUUUUUCAAUCCAAGAAAGGAACUGCUUGUGUAAAUCUUCCACUGGCCCUUUCCACCCAUAGCCAGAGUAUUGCAUUCUAUGUGAAGGGCACAAAAAUAGGAAUAGACCCAAGGGUACCAUUUAUAGAGAGGUUGCAGAAGAUGGCAGUUAAAGAGUAGGUGGGGUGCAUAUAUUCCCCCGUCCCCCAUCUGAACUCAGCACUGGUGUUUCUAUAAUUGCAUAGGCAGUCCUGUAAUGUGAAGCAGCUUUUUCACAUUGUUGCUAGCUUGAAUUUGUCCUGUGGCCUUCAUAGUCUUUAAGCUGAUGUUUUGUAUGGCACUAGAAAGCUAAACCUAAGGUCCCUUUUGAGGAUUACUUUGAUUUUAGUUUCCACUUUCAUUUUGGUAUGCUUAAUAAUAUCACCCUCAGUGAGAAGCCAAGUUGCCUUUAGUCUUCAUCAAAUGAUAGGACAUUCAACCUGGAAGAAUCAUUCUGCACUUCUUUUCCGUAACUUCUGCAGGUGGUCACAGAAUGGGACAGUCAGUUAGGCUUUAUCUGGCAGGCCAAAGCAUUCCUGUAUAAAAUACUUCCUGCCGAGCCGAGGUGGCACAGUGGUUAAAUGCAGCACUGCAGGCCACUUCAGCUGACUGUUAUCUGCAGUUCGGCGG